GGCUUGCCGGUGCAGCCGCGAUGCCCCGGAGCCCGACCCCGGCCCGGGUGCCCGGCCCACCCCGUUAUUAGCCUCCGUGCGCCCGGAGCGCACCGCCGCCGACGCAGCGCCCCGACGCAGCGAUGGGCAACACGGUGCACCGGACCCUGCCAGACCCAAGCCCGCCAGCACGCCUCCUGGCCACCCGCCCAUGCUGCGGUCCAGGGCCAGAGCGACGCCCAGUCCUGGGAGAAGCACCACGCUUUCACGCGCAGGCCAAGGGCAAGAAUGUGCGCCUAGAUGGCCACUCGCGGCGGGCCACCCGGCGGAACAGCUUCUGCAACGGCGUCACGUUCACACAGCGGCCCAUCCGACUGUACGAGCAGGUGCGGCUGCGCCUGGUGGCAGUGCGCCCCGGUUGGAGCGGUGCACUGCGCUUUGGCUUCACGGCGCACGACCCAUCGCUCAUGAGCGCCCAGGACAUCCCCAAGUACGCCUGCCCUGACCUCGUCACGAGGCCUGGCUACUGGGCCAAGGCGCUGCCCGAGAACCUGGCGCUGCGCGACACCGUGCUGGCCUACUGGGCCGACCGUCAUGGCCGCGUGUUCUACAGCGUCAACGACGGCGAGCCGGUGCUCUUCCACUGCGGUGUGGCCGUGGGCGGCCCGCUCUGGGCGCUCAUCGACGUCUACGGCAUCACCGACGAGGUGCAGCUCCUUGGCACCCUGCAGUCCAGCCCUGCAACCACGUCUCCAUCAGGGUCCCUCAGCGGCUCCCAGGAUGAUAGCGAUUCUGAUAUGGCCUUCAGUGUCAACCAGUCCUCCUCAGCAUCUGAGUCAUCCCUGGUGACGGCCCCCAGCUCCCCGCUGAGCCCCCUAGUGUCUCCCGUGUUCCCCCCACCGGAGCCGGCAGGCAGCAAGAAUGGCGAAUGCACAGUGUGCUUUGACGGUGAGGUGGACACAGUCAUCUACACGUGUGGACAUAUGUGCCUGUGCCACAGCUGUGGCCUGCGCCUCAAGAGGCAGGCCCGGGCCUGCUGCCCCAUCUGCCGGCGGCCCAUCAAGGAUGUCAUUAAGAUCUACAGGCCGUAGCCUGGCCCACCAGUGGGCCUUGGCCAGAGCAAGGUCACCUUUCUGAAGGCCUCCUGGGCCAGGCAACCACCACGGCCGCCAAGGAAUCCAAGGGAAGUGGCCGUCCCAUCUCAUUGUCUGCCUCUCUCCAAUGGUGGGUAAGGCGUGACAGUCAUGGAGAUGAGGCCCUGGGGGUCUGAGCCCAGAGCAGGGCUGCUUCUGUCUCAAAAGUGCUUUGACCCUAAAAGGCCGUCCCAAGAGCAAGCUCAGGAACUGCCUAGCAGACCACCCUGUCCGUCGGUGACCUCUCAGCUGGGAAGCAGCAUUCUCUGUGCAAUGCUUUGUGCUGGGGUUGGGUUGAGUGUGUGUGAGAGAGAGGGUGAGGGGAGGGAGUGGACGGAGAAGAGAGGGAAUGUGUGAGAGAACUAGUGAGCGAGAACACAUAGGUUAUUUAUCCAGGGAUCCUGGCUGGAGGAGGUUAUUUUAUUUAACACUAAGGAAUGCGGAAUCCAGAGCCCAGACGGGAGCGUGACUAGAACCCGUUCACUUUCUGGGGCUGUCAUGUCAGCUGGUUUUGAAUGUAUGAAGCCUGCGCCUAAACAGAACUCCCUUGGAUGGUAUAGAAAAGGGGCACUCAGAUUUUCUAAAGGAAGGCAAAAAUAGCUCAUUGUUUACAGCUCCAAAGCAGCAACGCCUUGGGGGGAAGGUGGGUGGAGAACACAAAAGAACAAUUUGCUUUUUUAGUUUCUUCCUCAGUGCUGGAGGGGGGUGUUGAGGGGUGCUGCGGCCUCCACUGAGAGCUCUGGGUGGUGUCACCCCCAGAAGCCCUAUCACCCCCUUCACCCAGGAAAGCCUAAUAAUAAGCACAGUGCACCUUGACUCGGUCCCUAGAUGCUUUUCAUCUGUACCACCCCUCACUGUCCCCAGGGAGGAGACAGGCCUGGGGGAGGGAAAGAAUCCAGGAGGCAGAGGACUCACCUGGGGUUGGAAAGGCCUCUCCGUCUCCCAGACAGCUCUCCACCUUUCCCACUGUAACCCCUGGGCCUGGCACUCACCGGCAGCUUGGGGCAUCACCAGGCCGACCUGCUGGUGAAGCAGGAGGAGGAAAAGACGUUGCAACCGGUUCUGACUCUCAGCUUCUCUUUUGCUGCUGAUUAUUAAGAUGUUAAUUGAUCAUUAAGAUGUUAACUAAUAGCUUAGAUAUAAAAAUGCUGACAUCAGGACUCA